AUAAUUAAAGACGAGUGAAGAAAGACUGCGAACUGCAAAUUUGUUCCGUAAAAAGUACAUAAUAAUUGGUCUUUAACAAAUUUAUCGACGACCAAUCAAUUUUUAUGUUUAUAUCUUUAAGUGAUAUGGCUGCAGUCGAUUUAGUUGGUAUCACGAUUUUUGAAAAAGACUUAGAUGGAGAAAUUAUUUGUUCAUGGAUUUAUCCUAGUAUUAAUGCUGAGUUAAAAAGGUACUUUAUUGGAAAAUGUAACUUCGUACUUUCUGAACAUGAUCAGAUAACUUUUUAUUAUGGACACAUUCAGACAAUUUGGUACUAUGUUAGUGUUUCUAAAGAAGAUAAUAUUACUAAAAAAAAGAUCAAAGAUGUCUACAUUUUUACCAUUAGUAAUAGUUUUAAUCCUGAAUUUCAUGAAGCGCUUGGAAAAGAGUUCCUAAAGAGUUAUACAUUUGGCAUGUCUGCAAUACUUAAUCAAUAUUUAUCAAUUUAUACUAAAGGUUUUUGUACAUGCUGUGAUUUAUCUAUGUUAACAGCAGAAAAGUUUGAUCAGUAUAAAGCAUAUUCACAAACAUGUAUAAAAGAGUUGAUCACUUUAUUUGGUAUGGAAAUAGUAUUAUUGUACAUUGGUAUGCUUCUCAAAAAACGCAUAGUUAUAUAUGCACCAAAACUUCAGAUGCUUUUAGACAUUUGCAGAUCUAUGCCAGCCUUGACUUAUCAUCGUCUUAACUGGAAUAUAGUUUAUCCACAUAUGAGUUUGAAUGACGCAAAUGAUAUAAACACUCUGAAAAAGCAACGUACAUAUGUCGUAGGUUUCACUGAAGCUGGUCUUGAAAAUAGAAAUGAUCUUUAUGAUUUAUUCAUUAAUGUUUCUGAUGCUGAAGUAGUUAUCAAUCCUGACUCAAAAGAGUAUUUUCAGAUGAGUAAGUUGCAUAAAGAUAUUGCGACCUACUUAGUUCAAACAUCUCAAGAUGAUGAUGUUGGAGAUGAUGAUAUCAUUAAGGGUUUAACAAAGAAAACCAAAGAUAUUAUCGAUAGUUUGAAAAACAUGGACUCAGAAAAUCAGACCAAUCCUGGUGUUUCAAUGGAUUUACUAAAGUCAAAAAAUUUGAGUAAAGCAAUGCAAGCUUUUUUAUUUAAUCUUGCAUCGGCGGAAGGUUUAGUGAAAAUAAUUUCAUAAUACACAUUUGAUAGUGUAUUAUUAAAUUGACUUAAAUGACUUUUUUUUAAAUUAUUUUUAUAAAUAAUUUCGAAUUAUUUAUUUUUUAA